AUGAACUACCUCGUGAAUCAAGGUUAUGCGAUGUACUGGGGGACAGCGCGCUGGACGCCAUCCGAGAUAAUGGACGCAUACUCUAAGUGCCGUGCUUUCAAUUGUUGCACGCCAGUUGUGGAGCAAACUGAAUACCAUAUGUUCUGCCGCGACAAGGCCGAACUAUACAUGCCCGAGCUGUACCAUAAAAUUGGAGUGGGCACUAUGGUGUGGUCUGCACUCACCACCGACAAGGGUUUGAGUCACGAGGAGUUGUCAGGACUAUUUGCCAAGUCUCGGUUUAACCGCAAAUACAGCACCUUUAGCUGGUGGGAAGAAGAACCGGUUGGCACUGAUAAACCUGAAAACAAGGAAUCUUCAACAUUACGUAGUUACAAGGACAAGCUGCAAGCUUUAUCAGACCUAGCAAACGCCUUAAACUGUUCUAUACGGCAAUUAUCUUUGGCUUGGUCUCUAAAAAAUGAAAACGUAAACUGUUUACUUCUCGGAGCUACCAGUGUUGAGCAAUUCAAAGAGAAUAUACAUGCUCUGCAGAUCGUACCCCAAUUGUCUCCUGCCGUGAUAGUCGAUAUCGAGAGAAUUCUCGCGAACAAACCUCAGCGCCCACCGAUGAUUUCCACAUUGGCCAUGAGAAACCAACAGAAUGCUAAACCAGAUGCUGAUGAUGAUGCGGAGACAUCAAAAGAAGAGGACGUAGAAGCCAACGUGGCGAGCCCCGAGAAGGAGGCUGACUUAAAGGGUUGUUCGGUUCAAUGA